AUGUGUCUACACGGCUUUACAUCACAUUUUAAUUUUAUACGAGGUCGUACACCUUUACAUAUUGCAGUGGUUCAUUCACAACGAAUUAUUAUUCGAGCUUUAAUUGAUGAUUUCAAAGCUGAUCCAUCUUUAAUGGAUUUCUCUGGUUACUUUCCAUACAUGUUACUUGAAGAUAAUUUAAAAGCCGAAUAUGAACGUACGUAUGGCUGA